AGUAUUUUCUAGACUACACCCGCAAGAUAAAUCGCAAGUUUUUCCAUCACUUGUUUUGUUUCACAAACAGCAGCCGGAUAGUGAGCCGUCAAACAAUAUACUACGCCGCGACAAUUAACAGUUUUUGUCUAAUAUUUUAAAACACUUAAACCCUGUGUUAAUAUCUGUGGAAACAUACACGUUGCAUCUUGCAUCACGAUGUUGUCUCGCAUGUGUGUUGCUCGUUCGUCGGCCACUAUAACCCAAGUUCUAAAAUCACCGGUUCCACAAAAAUUGGUGCCCAAGAAUUAUGUUAUCACUAUUAGAAACUACGCACGCGAGCCGCGCUCCCGCGUUGCGACCAGGACUCAACCGACCCUGUGGGAAAGGUUAAUGGCCCCUGCAGGUCCUAACGCUUUCGGCAUUGGAAAAGGGGCUCUGGCUGGUGCAUCAGCUGUUGGUCUAGGUGCUCUGUGUUACUAUGGUACAGGCGUCAAACCAGGCACCUUGCAGGAGGCACAUCUCUGGCCACAGUAUGUCAAGGAUCGCAUCAAGACGACUUAUGGAUACAUCGCAGGUUCACUUGUCAUCACAGCUGGGAGCGCUAUCACAGUAUUCAGGACACCUGCUCUCCUUAAUCUUGUUGCUCGAAAUGGAUGGAUGUCAAUAAUCAUGACCAUGGGCCUCAUGAUUGGGUCGGGCAUGGUGGUGCGAGGCAUGGAGUACAAGCCUGGGUUUGGCCCUAAACAACUGGCCUGGAUGGUGCACACUGGCAUCAUGGGAGCAGUAAUUGCACCUAUCUGCUUCCUGGGAGGCCCUGUCCUUUUGAGGGCUGCAUGGUACACAGCGGGCGUAGUGGGCGGGCUGAGCACGCUGGCGGUGUGCGCUCCGUCUGGCGAGUUCCUGAACAUGCGCGCGCCGCUGGCCAUGGGGCUCGGCGCCGUGUUCGCCGCCUCGCUCGCCGGCAUGUUCCUGCCGCCCACCUCGGCGCUUGGCGCUGGUCUAUAUUCGCUGAGCUUGUACGGUGGUCUGAUAGUGUUCAGCGGUUUCCUCCUCUACGACUCGCAGGCCAUUAUCAAACGAGCCGAGAUGCACCCUAUGUACGGCAUGCAGCCCUACGAUCCCAUCAACUCGGCGGUGUCUGUCUACUUAGACGUCCUCAACAUCUUUAUGCGCAUAGCUAUGAUCGUGGCGGGCGGCGGUGGCAACAGGAAAAAGUAGACAACACAUACUUGUAACAUUUAGCCAAAUAAUAAAUUCGAUAUAAUCCAUGCUUACCACCAAUGUUAAUUUUCGAAGUAAAAAAACGUAGUUAAAUUCUUCGUAUAAAAUCGACUCCGUAAGUAAGGAGGCUUCGAACCACGAAUUAAUAA